AUGCUAUUGGAGAGGAGUGGAGACGCGGGUAAAAGCUACAGUAAUUAUACUUUGGUAACUUUAGUUAAUAUCCAAAACAGUCCUAAAAACAGUAAACAGAAAGGUACCUUUAAUUAUGUGUUAACUCUAUGUAUCCUGUUGCUCAUCACAAAAGCUUACUCCUAUGACAUGGAAAGCACCAGCUCGAAUCCCAAUGUCACCACCUUAUACCCCACGAACAAAACAAUCAUCAGGCAUGACAAAGGAAACCAGUCCACGAAAAAACCAAACCCUCAGAGCUGGAAACUGGAAACAACUUUCGCAGCUUCCAACCUGACAGAGGUAGAAGGAAAGAAUAAUAACGUUAGCAUAGAAGAGGUGGAAAAGCCGGAGGAAAAAGAAGAAAUGAACGAUUUUAAACCAAGUCAACAUUUAGGAAGUUUCUUUGAUGAUGAUACCGCUGAGGUAAUUAAGAAUCCGAUUCCUGGUCCUGUUGUUAAAAUACCUGAAUCUGGAUUUGUAAGUUCAAUCUUAGAUGAUUAUUCCUCAAAGAAUAAAAUACCUCAGGAAUUCUAUGAACAAUACAAACCCUUCCCAUACAACUAUGAAGAUUCCACCGUCAAAGCUAGGCCGAGCUGGCAAGAACCGAUGGACUCAAAGCCAACGGUGGAAGUUCCAACAAAGCUGCCUGCUGGAGGACUUUACCAGUCCCCUAUUACCGUGAAAGAGAAACCGAAUGACAGUGAAGGCUUUGAGUUAGAUAUCAAUGAAGAAGUUAAAACACAUGGUAUUAAAAAGCGCGGCAACCCGUGGCAAGAUAUCUUGCGGCUGGUGACUGCGUUCAUACCGGUGGGGCUCAUCAUCUCAGCACUCACUCCUUCAGUUAUCACCAUCCAUAAUGUCGAUGAUAAUCGUGAUGCAGGAAGACCAGGCCUCUACCGUCGUCGCUCGGACGCCGUCACUGAUCUAGCGCCAAUCAGCGUAAGAUGUCGCCGAAGAUUACUCUGUGAGCUACAAUCUGAUAUACAUUAUACACCUUCGUCAUUUCCCCAUAGACGUAAAGCAAAACAUUGUUACAAGAUCCACUGUGAUGACACCGAGGCGUUAUGGAGAAUGCUUCGCUGGCUCUUUACGCACAAGCAACCGGCUGCCGAACACUUUACCUGA